CUUCAGUGGGAGGGUGAUAGCUGUUUUGUUUACAAUUAAAGAUUGCAUGUAUCUAAAAGAUAUUUUGUGCACACAAUGCUACAAAACAUAUGUCGCAUCUGUGCUAUUGACACUAAUGAAGUAUCCAAACUCUUUGAGAAGAGUGCACGGAAAUUGGUGCGCCAAAUAAAACUUCUUACCGGUGUUUUUCUGGAGUCCAAACCCGACUUGCCCGAUGUUAUUUGCAAUAGCUGCUUACAGGAUUUGCACUGUGCCAUAGAGUUUCGUCGCCGCUGCUUGCUUAACCACAAACGAUGGAAGCCCACAAAGCUAGCGGAAUCCGAAUCUGGAGCAUCUACAAGGGUUAUUUGUGUGCGCCGCAGCACAAGAAGUCGGAUGCAAUAUGUAGAAGAUGAAGCUCCACUAAGUCCAGUUGAAGUGCUAAUUAAAGUAGAGCAACCAAAAUGUAAUGCAAUUCAAGACGACAUCGAUCAUUUGGAGCCCCCAAACCAGACCGAAAAAGAUAACAGACUUGACAUAAAUGUGUCGGAAGAGGAGCUCUAUGUGCCACCCACAAAGGGAAAAUUACGAUCACGCUCACGUCUAAUGAAAGCCACAAUCUUAAAGCAGCCCCGCACUAAGCAAAAGCUGCCAGUUUUCUUCUGUGAUCAGUGUGGAAACAACGUGACGGGAAAAUCUGCCUUUGAUCGCCAUCUGCGCAAACACAGCGGCAUUCGACCUUUUCAAUGCGAGCAGUGUCCUGCACGUUUUUUCUCAGCCGGCGAGCUUAAAGGUCACCUAGUGAUGCACACAGGGGAUCGUAACUUUCCCUGUCGUUACUGCGAACGUACCUACGUCAACUAUAGUGGUCGACUGCGUCACGAACGAACUCAUACCAAUGAGCGGCCAUUUGCAUGUGCCCAAUGUGGCAAGACUUUCACCAACUCCUACAUACUCAAAAACCAUAUGCUGGUUCAUACUGGAGAACGCAUGUUUAGGCAUGUACAAUAACUUUAAUUCAUAUAAAGAUUACUUAAAGCAAUUGUCCGU